CAUACUGCAUGUGGGAAUAUGUACAGAGUAGUUGUAAACAUGAACAACAAUCCUCAUUUGAACUCGUUUAGCAACAAGCCCGGCGAGCCUGGCAGUGAAAGCGUUAACCCGAGUGUUUUCAGCAAGCUUCUCGUAACCUAAGAGAUCGCCGCUACACAUAAGGAGGAAACAAACAAUCAAAACUCCAGAGGGGUGUGACAUCUCGGUAUCCUCGUUUACACGAAGCGCAGGACAAGCCACACGGUAAAUCAGCUCCGAGGAGCGGUGGGAACAGGAGACUGCACCCGGGCAAAAAGUUUGGGAUUGGGAGAAAAACGGGACAUUCUGAGGCUGCACUGACAGAUCACUGAUAAGCAAUGGGACCGAAUAAAUAUCCAGUUUGUUAAAACUAUGGAAUUGAACGUGUUUUUAAAGUAUUUUCAAGAUAAAAACACGAAUGGAGCGCCAUGCAACGUGGUGACAUUUUGUCGUAACUGUUAAUCAUAAUAAAAUAAUAACAGUUGUGAAAAUAUAGCACUUAGCAACUUGGGAGUGUUUCUGAAUGCAGGAAUAUGAAAAUAAAUAAAAACAAUAGCAAUGAACUUUACCGCCUAAAACUGGAUAUUGAUAUUUAAAAUAGUAAUUGUUUUUAUCAUUAUUAAGUAUAUGUGAUUCAUAUUUUUAUGAAUGCAACAUGUCUGGGGUCCACAGCGCGACCAAGAGCAUACGGCCUUUCAGGUCAAGCGAGGAGUACCUGUAUGCGAUGAAAGAAGACCUUGCGGAGUGGCUGAAGGAUCUCUACGGGGUUGAAAUCAAUGUGGACACGUUUCUCGAGGUGUUGGAGACAGGCUCUCUGCUGUGUCACCACGCCAACAGCGUCACCCAGGCAGCGGCUGAAUUUCUCCGGGAAUACCCGAGUCUGGCUGAGAGGAUGAAGCUGCCCCGGUCGGGAGUCACGUUUGUCAGCUCGGCUCAGCCUGCAACGUUCCUGGCACGGGAUAACAUAUCUAAUUUUAUCAACUGGAGCAGAAAUCAAAUGCAUAUUAAAGACGUGCUGAUGUUCGAGACAGAUGACCUGGUGCUCCGGAAGAACGAGAAGCACUUUGUGCUGUGCCUGCUGGAGGUGGCUCGCCGGGCCUCGCGCUUCGGCAUGGCAGCCCCUGUCCUCAUCCAGCUGGAGGAGGAGAUCGAGGAGGAGAUCCGAGAGGAGCUGGACCUGCCCCCCGUGGAGACCCCCAAACACAAACCCCUGCGCCGCAUGUCCGACUUCAAGAACCUCGACCAGAUGGUGCAGUACCUGGUGAGCCGCUGCACCUGCCCCAGCCAGUUCCCCAUGGUGAAGGUGUCCGAGGGCAAGUACCAAGUGGGGGACUCCAGCACGCUCAUCUUCGUCCGGAUCCUGAGGAAUCAUGUGAUGGUGCGCGUGGGAGGAGGCUGGGACACUCUGGAGCAUUAUCUGGAUAAGCAUGACCCCUGCCGCUGCACUUCACUCUCUCACAAACAAGCAAUGAGGUUCGGCAGCCCUCAGAGGCCGGUGACCCCGGUCCACGAGAUCAAGACCCGGCUGGCCCCCAGACAGGAAGGGCAUGGCAAGCCCCAGAGCAUGCUGCUGCUGAGCCGCUCGCAGAGCCCCAUGCCCGCAGUGGAGUGGACGCCCUCCGCACCCUCCAAGGGGCUCAGGCUGAGCAGCACCAGCAGCUCCAGACUCCCAGCCUCCUCCCCAGAUGGGAACGGACACAACACUGGCUUCAGGACCCCUGGGGACACAGCUCUGACGCGGGUGACGGAGCGAUCUGCCACUCCCUCUCGCAGGCAGCUCUUCAGUGAAAGGCAGGCUGGCUCCCUCCAGACUGCAUCCACUAGGACUGGGAGAGACAAGUGCAGGACCCCUCCCAGCCCUGGACUUGGGGGCAGCCUCCCCAGACCCGCCCAGCCAGCCAGCGGGCCUCGGCUUGAGCCCCAGCGCUCCAGAACCCCGCUGGGCUUUCAGAGGGCCGAACCCGCUCCCCAACAGCAGCAGAACAAAGAUAGCAGGCUGGCCCAAACCUGGACCAAGUUCCAGUUCUCAGAAUCCAAAACUAAGCAAACCCCCAACAGGAACAGCAUGGAGUUACCAGUUAAUAACCCUAGCAGACCUCCCACCCCCUCUUCAAACUCUCACACAAUGGGUGGGCUGACGUCAGGCAGGCCUUCAACACCUAAUCGGUGCCGGAGCCCUACUAAGCAAGUUCUCCCAAAACAAGAAGUGAACGCCAGCCCUCAGACUCAAAUCAGCACCAACACAGUCAGGGCCUCUAGUGCUAUUACCCGUUCUCAGAGUCCGACCAAGCAGGUCACCAGUAAAACAGCCAGUCAUCCCCAGAACAGACCGCCCACUCCGCUCGGCAACCCCAAUAUUGGAUCCAGUAAUGGUAGAAACGAUGGCAACCUGAGCCCCAGACGAGGCUUGAGUGUUCCGAGGCAGAAUGCUCUCCGCUCUGGCAGCCUGGGCAGUUCCCUCAGCGGGAGUAUGAUACGGAUCAACGUGACUGAACCGGGUGAUAUGGAUGAUGUUUUCCAGGAGGGGCAGCCCUUCGAACGCCUGAAAAACAACCAUAACAAGAAUACCAACAGGGCUAUGAACAGAGAUAGGGAGACGGCGGGGGAGAUGGAGAGGGGGUGUCUCUUUACCCCUCCACCCAUCAGCCCUGAACAAGAGUCUGAGUUGUACAGAAGCCUGGAGGAUGAGAUCUUGUCUAACAUGCAGAUUUUGGACGUUCACUCGGAUGAAAACAAUAACACUGAGGACGCUGGUUCAGAGAUUCCCCUGGGACAGAAUUCAACAGUACAGGAGCUCUCCUCAGCUUCUAGACUGUCUGUCCUUGCUUCAGUUCCCUCUGCUGCCAAAGCUGCCCGCAGCCAGAGGACGUCCACCUUCAGUGUUUCUUCAGCCGAAGGGUCCAGAACUCCCCAAACCGAGCCCAGCUUUGAUGCUGUUAUCGCUGAAUUAUCCAGAGGCCAACUGGUGCUCAAUAAGGUGGAUGUAGAGAGCUGGGUGGCAAAAAUCCUACCCAAACCCAUUGGCCAGGUAGAACCAGGAACAGCAACUUUCAGGGAGACCAGGAGUAUGGAUUCUAGCAGCCUGAAUGUCGCGCAGUCUAACAGAAUGGGGUCUUGGUCUUCCCUCGGCUCCAGUGUGGAGUUCAAAGAACCUGCUGAAGCUCGGAGGCCAGAUCACCAAGAUCCCAUAGCCGGUGGACCUCUCACGAAGGUCAAGUCCAUGGACACCCUCGAUGGCUCCAGUACGGCUUCUUCCGGGUCUCCAGAUCCUCCGGUGAAGGCCAGAACCCCAUCGUUCAAGCAGAAACGGGGCUUAAAAAAGCCAGAGAGAGUGCCGUCAAUCUACAAGCUGAAGCUUCGUUCCAAGAUCAGGCCCAGACGGGACACCAGACCAGAGAAGAGACCAUCAAAGAUCCCGACCCCGGUGUCCUACAGACAUGCUCGGAGCUCAGCAGCCGACAGGACAUCAGAGGAAGCCCAGAGGAAGUCCAGUCCCAGACACCCAGUUCAGGUCUUGCAAGGCUCCCAAAGCUCCAUCCCAACUCUCUACUCCACUGAAGAUGACCUGGGAUCUGAGGAGGAUGUCUGGCACCGGAAACAAAGCGUCGCUCCUGGGGCCAAGAUUUCGGGAAGGAAAGAAACCUCCCAGAAAAGAGCAGGGGAUGAGGAUGAGGAAUCCUGGGUUUAGUUCCUCCCAGGGUACCUGUUCUAUUCAAUUCUGUACUCUAACCAUGUGUGUUAUUUACAGAUGUUGGCACAAUAUUGAUCGAACUGUACAGAUGCUAUCUGGUUAGGGGUUAAUUUGAUAAAGACCCCACUGGGAUCAUUUAAAGGGAGUUACCCUGGUUUGCAUUAACAACCUAUCCAUGUGGAUUCCCUGGUACUGUAAAAUGCUCUAAAAUCCUGCUUUGGUUUAUCCCAGCAGGUUAUAGGUUUAUCAAAUCAAUCCCUUAGUAAAUUCACCUCAGAGCAGGACAGAAACAUUGCAGAUAUAUGCUAUGCGCUAAAAAGGAAUGGAGGAUUCAAAAUGAAGAUCCUCUUUCUUUAUAUGCUUUAAACGAGAACGUGUCAGUGUGAAUAAUGUGUCUUUAAAAACCUGAAACCACACUGCUGACAGCCUAAGCCAGUUUAAGCUGAUGUGCGUGUGUCCCGUGCCCUAGUUUUGUAUCUCGCCAGUACUAUAGUACGUGAUAGAUAAUAAUUCAGUCAGUAAACUCAUGUGAUUGACACUACUACAUUAUACAUAUUUUACACUACAUUCUUUGUCCUCGUCUUUCGACGUACCUGUCCAUAAGUUACCUCGCAAAUAAGUGGAGAGGCUGACAGUAGGGAAGCCAUGCACAAGGGGGCAGGAUAGCUGCCCUCUCCGUUAGACGAAGCCUAAAAGCAGGUGGAGGCUGGGGAGGAAGAGGCGAACUCUGGCGCACAGCGGAGACGAAAUGGAUUGAGGUAAGAUAGAAAUCCCUUCCUUGCCGAUCAUUGCUUAUCAAAGGACAAAUUAGAUAUAGCUAUUCGAUUGACCCUUUGAUCCGUUAUUGGACGCGCCUAAAAUAUGCUUGAUGUGUAUUGUCAUUUGAUCUGUUAAAGUGAGCGCCCUGUCAGAACCACCAGAUUGCUUCAUUUCCCCAGCUCAGAUUCUAAUUAAAACUCCACAUUUUAUACAGCUGUCAGUCUCUGCUUGAGAGAGGCUGAGGACUGAAAGGCCAGCAGAGGGUAUGCUAAUAUUGUCCUUAGCUUUUGAUGAGCACUAAAUUCAACAGUUAAAAUGUCUGAAGAGUAAUAUUCAAACCACCACUGAAUGCUAAAUCCCUUACAAAGCAGAGUGGAGUCUUAAAAAUAUCCCUGGCAGGUCACAGCCUCCAAGGCCUGUCUACUUAUAGUGCUGUUUGAUUUCUAAUUGAUUGUGUACAAAGUGUGCUGUCUAGUCUGCUUCAUGAGCUGCAUGCAAACCGACUGGGAAAUCCAAAUGAAAAAAAUACUACUUGAGACCCAAUUGUCAUGAAUUGCAGUGUUUUGUACACUUUCAAAGAUUGCGUGUAAAUUAUUGUAUGUCUAAUAAUAAUCCUGAUUAAAGGGCUGCAGGACGCACCCUGCAGCUUGCAGAUCACCACUUUGAAUCCAAGCUGUGCCUCUGCCGACCGGGAGUUCCCAGGGGGCGGCGCACAAUUGGCGAAGCGCUGCCCGGGUGGGGUAUGGGUUGGUCGGCUGGGAAGUUCUUGGCUCACUGCACACCAGUGACCCCUGUGGCUUGCCGGGAGACUGCAGGCCAGCCUGUAUGCAAUUCAUAACAGUCCAGUCCUCUGAUGCUGUAAGUUCUGAUAUGGCUGCACGGCAGGCUUGCAGAGUGAAAAAAAGGAGACAGCUUUCAGAGAAGCGAGUGCUCGUCUCUCCCGAGUUCGGGGGGUGCAGUGGUGAGCCAGGUUGAAUAAUAACUGGGCAUUCCAAAAAUUAUGAGAAAAAUAACAUUUAAAAAAAAAUCCUGAUUAGACUGUACCCUCCAGAAAUAUUAUCUCAGCAAGAUGUGUAAUGAACUUGCCUGACAGAUAUUUCUUGAUUUAAAUGGUUUUCUGAAAUAAGAUAAUACUUUGACAUGGAUAGUUGUGUAUGCAAGAUAUAUUAUUUUAG